GCCCAUUUCCAAGGACAUGAGGCGGGACUGCUCAGAGCGUUUCGUGCCUGGAGCAGGAACGCAGCAAGAGCGGCAUUGGAGACAAACCGUCAUUGUCAGAGCAAGAGCAUUGUCCCAAAAUAGGUUCUUGGCACCCAGUGUGCAAAAGGCUGAUCACACGCAGUGUGGAGGAGCAGUUGGGAGCAAGAGCAGCAGAAGUGCAGUGGGAGCCUGAGUUGGCGGAGCUGUGGGACAGAGCGCAAUCCACCAUGUACUGGUGGAACAGGGCCUCAAACACCACCAGGAUGCACAUUGAGCUGAACGAGAGCUCCCAGGACUGCCAGCCAAAUGAAGUGCAUGCAUUUAACUUCCCUUUGUCAAAUGCUGGCAAAGAUAAUCCUCAGGGAAGCUUUGACUGUGUCCAGCAAACAGGCUCAACUUACGGAGUGUUGCAAUUCAAACUCCCGACUCAGGCAGAAAAGGCAUCACGAAAUCAAGGUGCAGAGGUUACUGAUGGACCUGAUGGGCCAUUUUCAGGUUUGCAGUUGAACACCAGAAAGGCAGAGUCCAGGGAGCAGCCGGCGUGGAAAGAAAGAAAAACACAGAUCAGAAGAGUCCCACAAAGCACUCCAGAUCCCGUGCCUGAGAGGAAAAGAACAACACCCAUGAACCCUGCAAACAUCUUCCAGAGAAUUUCCAGUGGAGUUUCUGACCGACCAUUCAAGGACAGGGUAAUUCACUUGUUGGCUCUGAAGAAUUACAAGAAGCCAGAGUUGCUUAAUCACUUGCAGAGAGAUGGAGUCAUGCAAAAGGACAGGGAUUCCCUUGAAAUAAUCCUUCAGCAGGUAGCCAACCUGAAUGCAAAGGAUAAUUCCUUCAGUCUGAAGGAACAUUUAUUUAAAGACAUUCAGAAAGAUUGGCCUGGCUACACUGAAGUAGACAGACAGGUUUUGGAGAUAAGACUUUCUAGAAAAUCAGCUUCCUCUCAAAAUGCCACCAGCACCAGCCAUUUGACACCUCAGGGACCUUCUGAUACAGAUGCUCCAUCAAGAACUUCUGAGAAACGGCCUCUGGAUUCCAAUUUCACCUUCCCUGUGGUGAGCAAAAAGCAGAGGAUUGGUCGCCUGGCCAGUCGAGUCCAGCCAGCAGCCGGUGGCCUCAGUCCUGCUUCCUCAACACUGCCUCCCACAGACCUUCCAACUUCUAACACAUCUGAAACUGUCAGCUCCAUUUUCCUCUGCACCUCUGAGGUGCAACAAAAGGAUAUGCCUCAGACUCCUUUUGGAAUCCCAGCACCUGCCCCGAUGCAGGGGGAGUCUCUCAAUACUAGAGAGAAGAAAGAAGACAGAAAGAGGCUGAAAACUUCUCAGCCUUUGGAUUUCACUGAAGGAGUUAAAGAAACUUGCACUGCCUCCACAGACACUGCGUCAUCAAGGGAACAACCAGACGACUCCAUCUGUGGAGCCUUGCAACUCAAUGACCCAGAUUCUGUCCAGGAUAAAGUUACAGUAGGUGGAACAAGCAAUAACGAUGAGAUGACCAGAGAGCGCCUGACCCAGGCAGAAAAGGAGACAUGCAGUCAAAAUACAAAGGUCAUUAAACCCCAUGGACGACUUUUAGGAAGAAAAGCAGAGGUCAGAAGAGUCCCACAAAGCACUCCAGAUGCCGUGCCUGAGAGAAAAAGAACAACACCCAUGAACCCUGAAAAUGUCCACUGCAGUCGUUGCAAUGCUGUGUAUCGCAGACCAUUCAGGGAAAGGGUGAUUCACUUGCUGGCUCUGAGGAAUUACAAGAAGCCAGAGUUACUUAAUCACUUGCAGAGAGAUGGAAUAAUGCAAAAGGACAGGGGUACCCUUGGAAAGAUCCUUCAGCAGGUAGCCAACCUGAAUGCAAAGGAUAAUUCCUUCAGUCUGAAGGAACAUUUAUUUAAAGACAUUCAGAAAGAUUGGCCUGGCUACACUGAAGUAGACAGACAGGUUUUGGAGAUAAGACUUUCUAGAAAAUCAGCUUCCUCUCAAAAUGCCACCAGCACCAGCCAUUUGACACCUCAGGGACCUUCUGAUACAGAUGCUCCAUCAAGAACUUCUGAGAAACGGCCUCUGGAUUCCAAUUUCACCUUCCCUGUGGUGAGCAAAAAGCAGAGGAUUGGUCGCCUGGCCAGUCGAGUCCAGCCAGCAGCCGGUGGCCUCAGUCCUGCUUCCUCAACACUGCCUCCCACAGACCUUCCAACUUCUAACACAUCUGAAACUGUCAGCUCCAUUUUCCUCUGCACCUCUGAGGUGCAACAAAAGGAUAUGCCUCAGACUCCUUUUGAAACUCCAGUGCAUGGGGUUGAAGAAACUUUCACUGUCUCCGCAGACCCUGUGUCAUCAAGGGAACAACCAGACUACUUCAUAAAAUACACAGCUAUAGUGUCCUAUGAACAACGCCAGAGCUACAAGGAUGACUUCAGUGCAGAGUAUGGCGAAUACCAGAAUUUGUUGGCUCAGACAGACAACAUUGCCAAGAAAUUUGGAAAGUUUAAUGAACAACAGAAGUUUGUGACUCAGGGGUCCACAGAACAUCAGAUGCUUUGUUGUCAAGUCCUGACAGAGCAUCAGAAGAUACAACAGUUUAGCCCCACCUACUCUGAAUUGAAGAAGAAAUGUCAGUACCUACACAACAAGCUGUCUCACAUUAAGAGACUAAUCCAAGAAUUUGACGAACAGCAAGAGGAGUCCUGUAACCAGUCGUCUGCUUUGGCCAGGACACAUCUAUGAGCUGUGGCAUAUUUAUUUAGUUCCCCUAGGAUUCUUUAUCUUAAUAUUGAACAUUAGCUUGUUUGUUUAAAACUGAAGAUUAGCUUCUAUAGGAUUAUAUAAGUUAGUAUUGAGCAGUAGGUUGUUUAUUUAAAAAACAAUAUCCAGUUCCUUUAAUAGUAUGUAAGAUAGUU